AAAACUCGGCAAAUUUGAGGCCUGUUUAUAGUGAUGAUGCGGGCAACGGACCCAGAGGAUUUUCUUGAAUACACGAGAGCGUUAGUCACGAAGAGCGUUAGCACAAAGAAAGAGGAAGAACUGCAAUGGUUUCGCCGAGUCACCAUAUCGGCCGGCAACCCCGAACGCGUUGUCCGAGGACAGUCGGGGCCAUCGACAGUGAGACCUCGGAGUAUGCGUAUUAUGGCAAUGAUAAUCGCUCGAUCCAGGCAAUAUAAGAAAGCGAAACAAACAUACAUAGGAGCUAUUGAUGAACGGAUCAAGUUAAAAACCAUAACUGAUGAAACCAUACUCCAGGACGUGAACAAAGGUCUAUUACCGGGACGAUAGGCAUAUGGAAUCUAACAAUCAGGGUCUGCCUAGAAGAAACCUCAGUACAGAUAAACGGUGAAGAUCUAAAAAAAGGUUUCUACUCAAAGUCAAAGGAAAGCAUUCAUCAUUUAGAAGCUAAAAUAUGAGGUAUGGAUGCUAAUAGUGGUAAAGCUAAAUAGCAGAGGAGCACACAGUCCCUCAUAACGAAUCAGGAAGAAUUGUAGGGUGAAAUCUUGAGCAACCUCGACAAAUCGUGUAAUUGCCUAAAGCAAACAUUUUAAUUGAAAUCUAUAAGUAAACAAUAAAUGUAAGAAUAGACCGAAAAACCGAUGACCUACACAAAAAUCAAGAUAAUUUAUAGUCA